CACUUCAUUUGUGAUGGCAUUAUUUGAUAAUCAUUUGAUGAGGGCUCUAUUAUUGCGCCAACAUCACUAUGGUCACUGGCUGGAUUUAGAUGGAGACACAGCUGCUGAGAUACUUGAGCCCAUGCAGUACUUGCAGUACUUGCAUUACAACAACGUAAGGAACAGCCGUCUCGAAGAAGAUGAUGAUUCAUCUGAAGAUACGGACCAGGAAGAUGAUUUCAACCCAGCAACUCAUCUCUGCCAACAGCUGGCAAGUUACUUCAACAAUUCCAAGUUCAGUGACAUCACGCUGAAGGUAAGAGGGAACACCUUCCGAGCACAUAAGUUGGUCCUUUGCACGUGGAGUGAUGCAUUUCAGGAGAUGUUUGUUGGUUCUAAGAGAAGAACGACAUCCGAAGGGUCUAUAACUGAUGAGGGAGCUAGCGGUGAAGUUCAGUUUGAGGAAUGUACCUUGGCAGAGUCUGAAGAGUGUUCCAAAGUCUUCGGUGACUUCCUGAAGUUCAUGUACACAGAGACUGUGGAGUUGACCGACAACAAUGUGUAUCCAGUCUUUGAGCUUGCCAAGAAGUACAAGGUUCAAGGACUGUGUGAUGUCUGCCAGGAAUUUCUGGUGGAGAAAGUGUCUUAUGACAAAAUGGCAGCCCUUAAGACUUUGAGCAAAGCCGAAGAGUGCGGGAUGACCAAGUUGUACAGGCACUGCUUCAGCGUCCUUGAAACCAACUUUGAGUUUCUGGAGCAGUCCUGCAUUCUUGACAUGAGUCCAAGUUUGUUUCUGAAGCUGUUGAGAAGCCCUAACCUGGUGGUAAGCUUUGAGCUACUUGCUCUGCUGUUGGCUUUCAAGUGGCUGACGGUGAAAGGAAAGGAAGAGCGUAGACGGUACACGGAGGAGGUCAUUUCACUGAUUCGCUUUCCUCACAUAUCACCGGUGUCAUUCAAGACAAUUAGUGGCAAACUGCUGAGCUGUCCGAAGAUGUAUCCCAGUUUCAAACAUCUCCUUCAAGAGAGGAUCCACAGGGUAUAUGAAUGGAAAUUACUUGCCUCGGAAGAAGAAUUCAGACAACUACCCUAUCACAUGCGGUUUGCCGCUUUCGCAAGAAACUGCGUUGCCAUGCGGUAUUACAUAUCGGAGCCAGAAGAAAAUUACAAAAGGUUAACUCUACUUGAUGAGAAAGUGAGAAGCAGACAAGGCAAGUCCAAUGAAGUGACCAAGACCGGUCUUGGUGUUCCAUCAGUUUGGGUCAUCGGAGUCACAGCCAACAACGUCCACCAAGUUGAAGAAAGUGACUGGCUGGUCGACGGAGUCGCUUUCUAUGACAAAACCUGCGAGCGUUGGGGAAUCCGCUAUCACAUCAAGCCCUCAGCUGAGGCCCAUGCGAGACAUCAGCAUAGGGACUACCGUUUGGUGAUACUGACGAUUCUGCCGGGAAGUAACUGCCGUCGUCCUAAGGUGCACACUUCUGAAGGCAUCGUACCUCCUGUCGGGAGUAGUCAGACAAUAAUGGUGAAGCUUCCACCUCGGCUUAUGGGCCUCAAAGAGAAACCUGCCCAUGUCACAGUCAGAGUCUCCCUCUUCAUCAAAGUCAAACGCAGUCAAAUGCUAAAUGUCAGAUUGUUCACACCCACAGAACUUCUACAGCAGAAGACAUUCACUCAUGGGAUCUUUGGCUGGUGAAGGACAUCAGUUUUCCAGAGAGGCAGACAAAUGCUUGCCUUUGAUGAUCAAUCAGAAUAAAUAUUAGCCC